AAAAAUUUUAUUUUCUACCUUCAGAAAUUAAUGGCCAUGAGUUCGUAUAUGGUGAACUCUAAGUAUGUGGAUCCCAAAUUUCCUCCCUGCGAGGAAUAUUCACAAAAUAACUAUAUACCUGAGCAGGGCUCGGACUACUACAGUCCAUCGCAGGACACAGACUUUCAGCAUCCAGGGAUCUACCCACAGUCAAACUACACGGAGCAGCCCUUCAGCUGCAACACUGUGCAGGACUCCACAGUGCAGCCACGGGGUCAUGUGCACGACAGACCCAGCCACCCGAGCCCUUUUAGCGCACAGACUGAGCAGGGGCCCCCGGUCCAAGCGGCCGGAGCCCGGACUUUUGGACAGCAGCAAAACACAAAGAGCCAAAAUGGGAUACAAGCCAAGCAGCCUGCAGUAGUUUACCCCUGGAUGAAGAAAGUCCACGUAACUACUGUGAACCCGGAUUACACGGGAUCUGAGCCCAAACGGUCCAGAACAGCUUACACCCGGCAGCAGGUUUUGGAGCUCGAAAAGGAGUUUCAUUUUAACAGGUAUCUGACCAGGCGGCGGCGGAUUGAGAUUGCGCACACCCUUUGUCUCUCCGAAAGGCAGAUCAAAAUUUGGUUUCAAAACAGACGGAUGAAAUGGAAGAAAGAUCACAAACUCCCCAACACCAAGGGCAGAUCUGCACCAGCCUCCAGCCAUCUGCAGAGCAGUCAGAAGGACAACCAGACUGAUAUCACAGCAUUAUAAGAGGAAGGUGUCACAUCUUCAGAAAUUAACUGUAAAUAAAGGACAAAGGUUGCAUCUGACUGUUGCAUGGACUAAUGUCGUUUUUAGCCACUUUUUUAUUUAAAGAAUACGACCCCCAGCAGUGUUGACUCGAGACUGAGUCGUAAAAUCAAUCAGUCUUUAUAACUGAGAGGUUUCCCUUCCUUGUUAAUUUCUUCAAAGAGACACGAAACAUCGAAACAAACUUUUUCCCACUCUCUCUUUUGUGUGUGUGUGUAUGUGUGUGUGUGUGUGUGUGUGUGUGUUUGAGUGUGCGAGUUUGUUUUGUUUUUGUUUUUUUUAUUCCGGGACGUUUCACCCCUGAGGACAUUUAUUAAGCAACCUCGGCUGCUUUCGUGGAUCUUAAACAGGAUUUUAAACUCUUCUCAUGUGGAUUCACGUUGGUUUAAAGAUAGAAAUAUCUUUAUCCAGAACAGGAAAGUCCCUCGUUCAAAUUACACACACUCACACAAAGGUUACUUCAGUUUUUUGUCCCAUUUAACUUCCCAUUAAACGCACAAUACGCAUAAAAAUACUUGAAGGAAACA